AAAGAAAUAAAGUGAGCAACAAGUGUCCCAAAAAAUAAGCUUUAAAAAAAUCAUCGAAAAAAUGUGAAAAAAAAAUUAAAUUUUAAAAAAAAGUGUAAAAAUUUAAUAAAUUAAGUAAUUAACAAGAAAAAAUUAAAAAAAAAUAUAACAAUGGGAUUUUCAUCAGCAUUACAAAGCACAAAAGGGCAUGAACAAUUAUUAUCCCGUCAGGAUGCCGAGCUCCGUCUUAUUGACAUCAUGAAACGCUCGAUGCAACAAAAAGCAAAAUGUGAUAGAGAAUAUGCCAUUGGAUUAGCAAAUUUAGCACAACAGGGACUUAAAAUCGACAGAACUGACGAAUUACAAGGAAGUCACAUUACAAAAGCAUGGCGCUCCUUUAUGGAUGAACUGGAACAAACAUCUCGACAGCUAAAGUUGAAUGCGGAUCAUCUAGAGGCAGUUUGUCAGGAUAAGUUGACACAAUUGUACCAUGAUAAGCGAAAAGCGCGAAAGCAGUACCAAGAGGAGCAUUUGAAGAUUUCACAACAAUUUACUCAUAUCACCGAAGACGUGCAACGCAAAAAACUCGAAUAUCAAAAGUUUUUGGACAAUUACAAGGUGCUGCGAAGUCGUUUCGAGGAGCAAUUCGUCAAAGGCGGGCGUUCGGGGCGGAAAAUUGACGAUGUCGCGGAUAAAUACAAGAAAGCAUGCCGGAAAUUGCAUUUGGCACACAACGAAUAUGUGUUACUCAUCAGCGAGGCAAUCGAAAUCGAAAAAGACUUUAGAACGAUUUUGCUUCCGGGACUUCUGGAGCAUCAACAAACGUUGCAAGAAGGCUUUAUUCAGACAUGGAAAAAUCUCCUUUUGGAAAUUGUCGAAUCGGGCGAUUUAACGUCAGAAAAAUUCAGUACGAUCCAACGACGGAUCGUCUCGAACGUCAAUGAUGUCAAUCCGAGCGACGAAUAUAAGGAAUUCACGGAAAAGCACAAAACGGGACCUCCCACACCAACGUUAUUCCAAUUCGACGAAAGCCUCAUCGAAGACAAACUGGGAAAGUUACAAGCAAACACGCUGACAGUUGAUAAUUUGACGCACGAUUGGCUACGCACAAAAUUGAGCGAUUUGGAGACAUCGGUGAAGGAAUGUCAGGACAGGAUGUCGAAAUAUUGCAACGAAAAUGGCAUUUCAGCGCCAAGUACGCCAACGAUGAAUGGCGUUAAUGGACACAAUGGAACGAAGGAUCUAAAUAAAAACUCAAAAGACUUACAAACGCUUCGAUGCCAGGAACGGCAAAUGUUAAAAUUAGUAGAGAUUAUUAAGACUGCCUUGAACGAAAUUGGUUGCGAGGAGCUUCCCUCAGGCUGCGACGACGUCAUCGACCAAAGUUACAUCGAAAACAACUUAAAUCACGAUCAUCCGAUGACAAUUUCUGCCAAUCGCCCGUUAUACGAAGAGGAAUGGUUUCAUGGCGUGUUGCCGCGCGAAGAAGUUGUGCGUCUUUUAUGCAACGACGGUGAUUUUUUGGUGCGCGAAACGACCCGCAACGACGAAAGUCAAACUGUGCUGAGCGUUUGUUGGACCGGCCACAAACAUUUCAUCGUGCAAACGACUGCCGAGGGUUUUUAUCGCUUCGAAGGUCCCGCCUUCCCGAGUAUUCAAGAGUUAAUUUUGCAUCAGUAUCAAAGUGAGUUGCCGGUGACGUCGCGAUCGGGUGCCGUGCUCAAAAAACCCGUGCUGCGUGAAAGAUGGGAGCUCAGCAACGACGACGUCAUUUUGCUCGACAAAAUUGGACGCGGAAAUUUCGGCGAUGUGUACAAGGCGAAGCUGAAAUCGUCGCCGAAGAAGGAAGUUGCGGUCAAAACGUGUCGCAUGACGUUGCCGGAUGAGCAAAAGAGGAAAUUUUUGCAGGAGGGACGCAUUUUGAAGCAAUACGAUCAUCCGAAUAUCGUCAAACUCAUCGGGAUUUGUGUGCAAAAGCAGCCAAUUAUGAUUGUGAUGGAACUCGUGCCGGGCGGAUCUUUGUUGAAUUUCCUCAGGAAGAAUGCACAAACGCUCGUUUCGAAGCAGCUGCUGAGGAUGUGUCGCGAUGCUGCAGCUGGCAUGCAGUAUUUGGAGUCGAAAAAUUGCAUUCAUAGGGAUUUGGCGGCGAGAAAUUGUUUGAUUGGCGACGAUAAUAUCGUGAAAAUUUCGGAUUUUGGCAUGUCGAGGGAGGAGGAAGAGUAUAUUGUUUCCGACGGAAUGAAACAAAUCCCGAUCAAAUGGACUGCACCAGAAGCCUUAAAUUUCGGUAAAUACACGAGCUUAUGUGAUGUUUGGAGUUACGGAAUCUUGACGUGGGAAAUUUUCUCGAAAGGAGGCACGCCUUAUUCGGGCAUGAGCAAUACCCGGGCACGAGAACGCAUUGAUGCAGGAUAUCGCAUGCCCGCUCCCGAUAACACGCCUUCCGACAUGUACCGCCUUAUGUUAAGAUGUUGGUCUUACGAGCCCGAAAGUCGACCGCAUUUCGACGAAAUUUACAAUGUUGUGGAUGCUUUGGUGUUGCGGGGUGAUUAGUUUUUGCGAAUUUGAGGCCUUAUUUCUCUCUCAAAUUUACCAGAUUUUACGAGAUUAUUUCGCAUUUUUCUUGGAAUUUUUUCUGCGGUAGAACCGGUUUCAGGAAGAAAUUUAGCGUUAGCGAUUAAAUUUAGCUUUUAAGCCAUAAAAUAUUAAUUUUUAAGGAAAAUUAUCACACACAAAAAAAUUAAGUAAAAGUUUGAACA